GGCGCGGGGUGGGCGCCGCCAGGCCUCUCCCGAGGCUCCGGGGCGCGGGCGCGGGCUUCGGCCGUGACCUUGGACAGCGCCCGCCCUCGGCCGUCCCGUCCGCUCUGCAAGUCGGGAACGCAAGCCGCGGUGUCUCCGCCCGCGGAGCGCCUGGGGGGUCCGCGAGGCAGCCCCCCGGCGUGCGGGCGGCGGACGGUGCUGCGGCUUCGCGGGCCCUGGGGGCGGGCCCUGGGGGCUCAGGCGCUUGCCCCGGGGGCGCGGCACCCUUGCGAGGUUGGCCGCGGCUUUGCAGCCGUCGUCGGAGCUCGUUCGGAAGGCGGUGCCGGCGGGGGCGGGGUGCGGCUGGCCUCCGAGAACAGGUGCUCGGGCCGAGGGGGAGCGCCCCCGGGCCGCCCCGGGAGGGGAGGCGGCCGCGGGUGCCUCUGCAAGGCAUUCCGGCCUCCCGCCCGCCGCCUUCCCCACGUCAGGAUCCUAGGGCAGCAAAUGCCCCCGCAAGUCAGAAGUCCUUCCCGGGAUCCGUGUCCGCCUUACCGGAGGUGUAGCCUUAAACGCGGGUAGCUUGAGAACUGGGAUGCAGCAAAACCAGCAGAAAGCCGAGCACCGUGCUGUGGCUGCAGACGCCCCGAGCUCUGCCCGGGAGCCCGAGCGAGCAGGACGGUGCCGUGCCGGCCUCGAAGUGCCGACGCUCCGGUGUCAGGCUGCUGCGUGCCCAGGGGAGACUUACUCCGGGGGCUGGGAAAGGGAUUUCCCAGAAUCUGAGUCAGAAUCGGACUCUGAGAGGUACACUCCCUAACUCACCUCCCGGGAGACAUUUUUUAAGCUACUGAAUGGAUGGCCCCUGAGUUUCACAGGAAAAGGACGUGUUGCAUAAAGUGAAAAAUGGCUGCUUAACCUGGCCCACUGAAAGAGAACCUCCGUUCCCUCCUGUGCUGGAGGGAAAGGCCAUGAUGCCAGCUUCAAGUCUAGAGAAGAGGGUACUCGCUGUGCCCCAGCAAGGCAGUUACCAGCGAACCAGCUCGGCCACAGCAGGAGGCAUACACAGAAUACCUGAGGAGCGUCCACUACAUCUCCCAGGUGCUGCUAGAAGAAGUGGAGACCACCAAAGAAGCUGGGGAGACUGUGACCCCUGACACCUCAAAGAUGCUGAAGCUGGCUGAGCAGUGUCUGGAGAGGGCCCAGUCGACAGCUGCCAAGCUUGGGAAAGCAUGCCUGAGGCCAGCCCUGCCUGUGGCUGCCCCCAUCCCCUCACCGACCAGCCGACACCGCCGGGUGUACUCAGAUGAGGGAGGGAAGCUCUCUCCAUUUCUGCCGCCUGAGAUCUUCCAGAAGCUUCAGGUCGUAGAGCCACAAAGCUCUAAGAAGGAGCUGACACCCCUGGAGGAGGCCUCCCUGCAGAAUCAGAAGCUGAAAGCUGCCUAUGAGGCCCGGAUGGCCCGUCUGGACCCCAGCCAGGCCAUGCAGAAGACAUCCCUGACCCUGUCCCUGCAGCGGCAGAUGAUGGAGAACCUGGUGAUUGCUAAAGCCCGGGAGGAGACACUGCAGAGGAAGAUGGAGGAACGCCGGCUGCGGCUCCAGGAGGCCGCCAACAGACCUGUCCUUCCUCCCAGGAGGUUCUGCAGCCAGGUUGCCCUGACCCCUGAGGAGCGGGAGCAGCGGGCCCUCUAUGCCGCCAUCCUCGAGUACGAGCAAGACCACGACUGGCCAAAGCACUGGAAGGCCAAGCUCAAGAGGAGCCCGGGGGACCUGUCCCUGGUGACCAGCCUGGUCUCCCACAUGCUCAGUGUUCCAGACCACCCCAUCUCGCAGCUCCUGAAGAAGCUCCAGUGCGCAGUGUACCGGGCGCUGUACCCCAUCGUGAGCAGGGGUGCAGGGGGCUGCUGUUCCCUGCCCCCCGACACCGACGGGCUGCUGCCUCCUGGAAGCCGGCGGCUCCGGCCCUCUCAGAGCCUCUACUGCAUGCCCUCCCCUCCAGAGCCCAGCCUGGCCCCGAGGCCCCCAGACGGCCCCUCCGCCAGCCCCCCCACACCCCCACCCCACCCCGGCAACCCGGACAGAGGGGCGGACGGCAGCCCCACGGCGCCUCCCUCACCCCUGGUGGACACUCCAUCCCACCUGCCGGGCAAGGACAGCUCCUUUGAGGACCUGGAACAGUUCUUGGCCACUCCUGAGAGGAGGGGCUGGGGCCCUGGGGGGCGGCCUGAGGCCCAGCCCCCAAGGGUGUGGAAGGGGCCCUCGCCGGGGCAGCUGGAGGGCACCGUGCAGGACAUCCAUGAGGCCAUCGACAGGCUGCUUUCGCUGACCCUCCUGGCUUUUGAAGGCCUGAACACGGCCGCCUCCAAGGACCGCUGCCUGGCCUGCAUCGAGGAGCCCUUCUUCUCCCCGCUGUGGCCCCUGCUGCUGGCAGUCUACAGGAGCGUUCACCGCGUGCGGGAGGCCGCCGUGAGCAGGAGCAUGGAGCUGUACAGGAACGCGCCCCCAGCGGCCAUCGGUGUCCCCACCAAGCUCCUCCCCCAGGACUCUGAGGCCACGUCAGCCGGCGCCUACCCCUACUGUGCCGCCGCCCAGGAGCUGGGGCUGCUGGUUCUGGAGAGCUGCCCCCAGAAGAAGCUGGAAUGCAUCGUGCGGGCCCUGCGGGUCAUCUGUGCCUGUGCGGAGGACUACUACCGGGCCCGUGAGGCUGCGCCCCAGCCCGGCAUCGCCGCCAUUGGCGCCGACGACCUGCUGCCCAUCCUGUCCUUCGUGGCGCUAAGGAGCGGCCUCCCCCAGCUGGUGUCGGAGUGCGCGGCCCUGGAGGAGUUCAUCCACGAGAGGUACCUGAUCGGAGAGGAGGGCUACUGCCUGACGUCCCUGCAGAGUGCGCUGAGCUACGUGGAGCUGCUGCCCCGGCGGGCCCUGGGCAAGUAGCGGAGGGCGGGCCGGCCCAGGACUGGCCAGGAGGCACCUGCACGGGGCGAGGAAGCCCCCCAACCCUGGACAUGAGUCCCAGUCAGUCAUGAAGCCUGGGGAGGACGCCUUCUCCAGGCCUUGGCCGUGACAUCUCGAGGAUGGGAUUUGAAAGCCCCCCUUUCACGGAGUAGGUGGAGGGUGAAGGUGUGUCUCGAGCUAAGCCUGACCAGGGGCGCUGCUGCAGGCUUGGGGGAGCUGUCUGGGGUUGUCUUCUUGCCCCUGCUGGAGACACUGACCAGACGGCCUUCCUGCUGGUGAUUCUGGGCCAGUCCUUUAGCCCCUCCCAGCCUAUGGCCCGUUGUAAAACGGGCGAAUGAUAGACUCUUCACAUAAAAAAUCCUGCAGGUCAACAAGAAAGAGGCAAGAGCCUGGGUUAGAAAAAUAGCAAAGGCUGCGAACAGGCUGUCAUCAGAGGAGGAGAUUUAAAAACUAAUCAGCAUAAGAAGAGGCGUUUAACUCAUUUUAAAAAUCAAGAAAUGCAAAUUAAAACACUAAGAAGACAGAACUUCCCAUGCACUGAACUGGUGAAGACGAGCAAGCUGGACGAUGCAGAGGGUGGGGCCGCCUGGGAGAGGCGACCCACUGCACGGUGCGCAGCGUGCUGGGCAGUGGGUCCAGGGAGUAGCCAUCAACUGACCCUCCCACCCAGAGGCUCUGCUCCUGGUUGGUUGUUGCCCAGGGUCACAGGAGGACCUACAGGCAGCUGGUGCUGAGGGAGUGCGGUGUCCACCCCCUGCUGCGUAACAAACCAGCCCACUCACUGGCUUAAACACACGACCACCACUGGCUUUGCUCAUAAAACUCCCAUUUCCAAGGGGCGUCUUGUUUCUGUCCCUCCUCCAGCAUCAGCUAGGUCAGCUUCCAAGUUGGAGUGACCCAAGGUCAAGGGGUUGGGGCCAUCUGGAGAUGUGUCUACACAUCUGCCAUCAGCGAGGGCCUCAGGGC